CUGACUUUUGUCGUGCAAAGAAGGAAUUCUAGUACCAGGAAAAUUUUUUGCUGAAAGCCUCAAAAAUGAAGGUCAUCUAUAAUACCCUUUUUAAGCGCACAUCAACAUACGCUGUAGCCAUCAUCGGAGCGACUUUCUUCUUCGAACGCGCCAUCGAUGUUUCCUCGAAUGUAAUCUUCGAAUCCAUCAACAAAGGCAAACUUUGGAAGGACAUCAAAGGCAAAUAUGAAUAAGUAAACGUUUAGGUGCUGCUAGUUUUACGUAAACAAUGAUUCGUUUUAAUUAGCAUAAAAAUAAACGUUUAUUUUAAACACCAUAAAAAACAAA